CGGCCGUGUGUGUUGGCGCACGUGUCUCUCUAGACGCAAUUGAAUGUCUACUGAAAAGGUGUUGGUAGUUGUGACAGUUUUUGAAGCGUUUCUUUUGCAGGUCGCAAAUUUUUAUGUUGCUCAGACGCAUCACUGGUUAUUGACGGUGUUAUUGAUGGAUAUACGCUGUCGACAGAUGCAGUCCCUUUAACAGCAUUGCAGUUAAACCUUCAAACUGAACUUGCUUGGGAAAUGGACCGAAAGACACUGCAUCAGCACAAACUUCACCACACACCUAUUAAAUUGCAGGUGGGGACGAGUCAUUUACACCUUUUUGUUUUGUAUGUAC